CAAACGCCAAACAGCUACCGGCCGCGAUGGAAGAGUACAAGAACUUGAUAUGGUCCAGACAUAAUCCAAGAUCGGAAGGGAAGUUGCUGGAACAAGCGUCGAUCGAUUUCGCAGAGUACCACAAUGACAUCUUCAAUCUCCAUAUUAACGAAAUCGACCCGGUCCAUCAGAUCGAAGACAUUCGCACCCUUUUGGACGAGUCGGCUCUUUUCCUGCCGGCUGAAAUUCCAAUCGAUCCUCGCACAGGCCAGAAAGUUCAACAGCUGGAAGUGAAAUGUAUGAAACCGUUGCAUCUGUUCAAUAAGUUCCCAUCCGGUUCGGUGCUUACGCGUGACGAGCAUCAGCAUUGUCUCACGGUACAGAAUCGGAUAAACAUGCGCUUACCCUUCACCCGGCCCAACGAGAAGAAAAACUUUGAGCGAUACCAGAAGCUGAUGGAAAAGCUUGCCCCGGAAAAGGAAAUGUUUGACAGCUUUGUGAAGAAUUACUUCAGCACAAAUCUGCUGCGCCGGGUGCAAACGAUUGACCCCGAGCUGAACUCGUUGGUGGUAAAAAUUUGGCAGGAAAAGGUGCAGGAACGUUUGACACUCGAGCGCGACCUGGGUGGCAAGUAUCUUUUGAUGACCGUUGUUCCUUUCGAUGGUAGCGUGAAAAACGAAACUAACGUGGUGUUUAAACCUAGCCCGCAAGAGGUGCACGAAACGGGAACUGUACGGAAUCUUUUCACCGAGAACGUUCUACGAUGCGUUACGCUCAAACGUAAUGACCGAGUUCUGGAUGAUUUCGUAGCGGAAUGGUGUGCGGUACGAUGUAAACGGGAUGAACAAUUGGUUAACAUACACACGAUUUUGCAGCAGCUACCGGCUGUUUCAUUUGUUCUGCCGGCUGGUGCAUUUACGCUCUUGUUGAAUUAUGCCCAAAACAUACACGAACAGUGGGCGAUACCGUUCGAAAUUAAAAUGCUAGAGGGUCGAAAGGUUUUAAUAAUGGACAGUAAACACCCUCCAAAUAAGCUGUCCACCCACGCCAGGAAGAUGAAGGCUUACAAACUGUUAGUUAAAAGUUAUAUGAACUUCCUAACAACUAAACACGAGCCAGAGUCAUCUAGAUGUCCCGAAAAGGAUAAGGAACAGAUGAAGGUACCAUUCAACCCGGCGCUGUUUGAUGAAUAUAUGAAAACAAUGGCACAUAAAAAACCUUACGUGGUGCAGGAGAAGGUUCGUGAGAACAGGUUUUAUCAACCCUGGAAACUGAAGGAUCACGAUGAAGAACACCAGAUGCUGUUAUACUUUCGGCAGGAUUGCUACGAAUCGUUUCGCAAAAUGCGAGUCUUCAUGAACAUCUCCAUAAAGAUCGAGUAUCAACCAGAGUUCGGUGCGGAACAGAUGACGCUAGCGGAACUGUUGCAAGAAUGGUGCCGUCAGCUGGUGCGGCCCAACUCUAAAACGAUGCGAUUACGCAUUAACAGCACAACGUCAACGAUCAUCUCCCAUCGUUUCCUCGAGUUGCGCGAUAUUGAGGAAGAACUUAACCGACUUUACGGCGUGGAACCGUGCAAUCUGAUCACGAAUGUAUGGAAAAUGUUAAAGCUAAUGGUACAUUUCCCGACCGGAACGUAUCUGCUGUAUCGCGAUGGCAAAAGUACCCAGGGGCCAUCGGUGUAUGGAAAAACGGUGGAAAAAUUAGGCCAAACGAGUAGUCCAGUAGGUGUCAGUUUGAACUGGGUCGAUCUAUUAAAUAACGUUCAGUACGAUUGUUCGCCUCUGGAGCAGUAUGAUUGGAUCCCGAUCGAUAAGUUCGUAAUAACGAAACUCCAUAGGACAAAUACUCUUUUUCCGUGCAGCUUUCCACACUGGACGUCCGUCCGAUGGUUGGAUUCACGGGCGAAUCAAGUAAAGACGAAAGCAAUUCAAACGAAACCGGCCAACAACAAGAAAGCAAUUACACAAAAGCCAAAGCAAACCGACAAAGUCUUGACACCGGGACAGCUGCUGCGUAAAGCGAAAGUGAAGCUACGAAAGCAGCACGCUCGUCAGCAAAAAUUGAAAGCACAGCAGAUCCAACAAUCGCUGAAUCAGUUUGCUCCUUAUGCCGGGUCAAUGAAUUUACGACCGGCAAUAAAUACUGUAGAAUUUAAGGAUGCUGAAGCAGCUGGAAGGGGCACCAAUGGAAAGGAGCUAUCAAUAGAACAAACUGUAUCAACGGUCGACUACAAUUCUUACGUGGAGCAAGCCGCAAUAAACCCGGAAGAUAAAGCUUAGUAAACAUUUUCAAACAAUUGCCUGAGAUUAUCACAAAGAGUUUGCAAAUUUUCCCGCGGAAAAUUUUAAUAAAACAUGUUUCUCUACAUUGUAACUACAACAAUUGAUAGGCUUUGCUAGCAGCGAAAGUUUGCUAGCAGCGAACUGGUUGUGACGAUCUAUUUCCUAUGUACGUAUCCUUCCACCAGUGCUGAUCUAGCUCGUAAUCUUUCGCGUGCCACCGAAAGUGUGUCGGUGGCCGAUCUUCACCAUUUUGGAAUGUAAAUGAAGAACUCAGCUCAAUGGCCAGCUUUGAGCGGACUAAUCCUAUGGCACCGUACCGCUCCGGUGCCGGAUGGUACACUCUUCCAGUGUCCGGAAACAUGCAGAUACGAUCAGGCUGCCAUGCUACACUCAUUUUAUCACCGGCAUGAGCGUAAGCUAUUCUAUCAUCGGUACCUGCGACAAAUGGGAUAAUGUUCAAUGCUUCUAUGAAUUGCUUAAAUAUUCAGCUCCAUACGAACCAUCCGCUUGAAUGACAUGUGUGAAAACAAUUGGAAGAU